AUGGCAGGUCUGCUACCAGUGGAUUCUUUGUAUGUGGAUAUUCUAAUAUCCAUCUGUAGAUCACCUGAAUUUCCUGGUGAUGAAUUGUUUGAGGAAAUCUCGAGAGUGUUGAAGCCUGGUGGAGUGAUUUUGAUCCACCUGACUUCUCAGUCUGCUACAGGGAACAUGAUUACGGCAAAGAAGCCUUCUUGGAAAAUUGGUUCAUCCUUUAUUAUCAAGAAAGCCUUGACAAAUUUACCCAAGGUCCAUAUUGAUGAUGACGUGGAUCUGAUAGAUGAAGAUACCCUCUUAACUGAAGAGGAUUUGAAGAAACCCCAGUUGUUACCUGGAAAGACAAACAAGAUUGAGUACAACUGCGUCUACUCUUAUUGA